CAUAACUAUAACAAGAACAGCGCGGUUAUUUUGCAUCCAGAAGUUCUAGAAGCACGAAGUGAUUCUAAUCGUUUUAUACACGUGUAAGAUUCAAGUUCAAGAUGCCUGUACCAAGUCUCCAAAAACCAGCUCCAGUAUUCAAGGGCCCUGCUGUUGUCGAUGGGUUAUUCAAAGACAUUAGUUUGGCAGAUUACAAAGGUCAGUACGUGGUACUGUUUUUCUACCCACUGGAUUUCACCUUUGUGUGUCCAACUGAAAUCAUCGCAUUUUCCGAUCGUUUCGAAGAAUUCAAGAAAAUCAAUACUGCCGUUGUGGGAUGUUCAACCGACAGUCAUUUCUCCCAUUUGGCAUGGGUAAAUACUCCCAGGAAACAAGGUGGUUUGGGACCAAUGAAAAUUCCUCUCUUGGCUGAUAAAUCCGGCAAGAUCUCAAGAGAUUACGGUGUCCUUGAUGAAGAAUCUGGUAUCCCGUUCAGAGGUCUCUUUAUCAUCGAUGGAAAAGGAACCCUGAGACAAAUCACAAUCAACGAUUUGCCAGUAGGAAGAAGUGUCGACGAGGCUUUGAGGUUGGUACAGGCUUUCCAAUUCACUGAUGAACAUGGUGAAGUUUGCCCAGCCGGGUGGACCCCAGGAAAAAAGACCAUGAAACCGGAUGUCAAGGAAUCUAAGAACUACUUCGCCGACAGUUAAAUUAGAAGUCUGAUAUUUAAUCUUUACAUUAUGUAUUUGUUUAUGUAUUGAAAAUAGUGAUUUUCAUUCGUUUAUUUAGUUGUUAAAAAAAUUCUCAAUAAACCAUUUAUUUUUUA